AGUAGAUUCGUCAGAUAAAUUCUGGUCACACUGGUUUGAUCACGAAAUUUUAAAAUUGAUACUAAAAAUGUAAAGGAAGGUAGGUACUUACAAUUUGGAAAAGUAAAGUACCCUAAUAAAUCCUAAGUCCCUAAAUUUAAUUGUCUUCAAACGUUUAACGUCGUAACAUAACCUAAUAGCUUUCUUUGUGAAAAUGGACUCGAGGGAUAUUCCUUCACCAACAUUAUUUGUCGAGAUACAUAGCACUGAAUUAUACAAAAACAGAAAGAGCUGGAGGCAAUAUGACGAUGAGACGAGCGAAAGUAGAAAAAAACAGAAACUAAACACAACAUUUGAAGUGGAUGAAGAAGAUGAUUUAAACGAUGGACUUAUUGAGACAAUAUUUGCAGGCUGUGGUUCUGAAAAGGCGCCUGUCACAAAUGCACCUCUCUGGGUACCGAACCUGUCCUUACAAUGCACGGAGAGUGUCAAUAUCGGCCCUGCUGACACUGAAAAUACUCAAAUUGCUUUAUUAAUGGGACAGAUGGAGAACGAGGAUAUUAUAUUAUGUGAUAGAGAAGGACAGAGCGAAGCUGAGUCACUGUUCACGCUGAACACCAAUUCCGUAGCAUUGGUGGAUCCAUUGCAAAUUCAGAACUAUGAAUUUGAUCAAGGUGACAACGUGGAGUAUUAUGCUUAUUUGGGUACCUUUGAAGAGGCCAAUGAGGGGUAUGCGGUAGCUCUCGAUGACGACUUUUUGGAGGAAGACAAAUCAGUGGACAGCUACAGUGCCUUCUGUCGCGAGGCACACCUCAAACCCCACUGCUCGGAGUUGGAGUUGUCAUUCAAUGAACCAAAGGUACUCGAUGCAAAUACGAUCGCUCAGAUGACGUCGACUGAACUUACCAAGAAAAUACAAAUGCACGCUAGAGCCCUGGCCUCAUUGCUGAGAGAAACUAACGAAAGAACGAAGUUACGCCAAUCCCUCAUCAACGCUGAUGAAGCACCCGUUGCGGAGUUCGUAGCUGGCUCCUUCCGCAACAAUGCCUUAUAUGUCCACCUCCAAUGCGGUUCAACAUCCAGUUAAAUACUACCUCGGAAAUGUUUUUGUUAUUUAUUUUUUUAGUUAUUUAUUUUUUUUAUUUUUUUAGUUAUUUUUUAUUUAAGUUAUAAUUUGCUGUCUCUGUCUCUUAUAACCAAUAUAAGUAAGAUAAAGAGAGACAGUAUGUUAUUAAUUCCAUUUGAUUGGAUUUCGUUUUAAAAUGUAGAAAUAUAAUAGAUUUUUGCUAUUUCUUCUUUGUUAGUAGUAUACAUAUUUAGACUGAUUAUUUUAAAGUACGGUCAGCAUAAAUGAUUUUGUGAUUUUUUUUAAUAGUAACUUUUUAAUUUGAAAUUUACUUUUUUGAACAAACUCCAAAAAACCUUGUGUUAUAUGAUUAGAUAUGAUAAUACCUUGUGUAUAAAAUAAAUAAUUAAAUAAUAAAUAAAAAAAUUAGAUUAAUUAGAUAUAUAUCUAAUUAAUCUAAAUAAUAAAAUUGCCAAUUUUUUUUAUAUUCUACAUAUUUACUUUUUAUAAGUUUGUUUUGCUGACGGUACAUUGUUAAUACGUUCCUUUUGUAA